AUGGCAUUAAAUCUCGACGGGAUGGUAACUCGUCCUACUAGCAUUGAGGAGACCAAAACGGAGGCGUUGGACCAUGGAGCGAGUUAUGAGAGCUUACAGACGGGUUCCGACCUAGAAGAACUGGGUGAUAGUGAUCAAGAAGAAACAGACGAGUCAGUUAUCGAAGACAUGAAGAAAUUGGAAGAUAGUUUCGAAGGCUUCUCAGAGAGAUAUCGUCUAAUCCGGCGCAUUGGAGAAGGCACUUUUUCAACAGUUUAUAAGGCAGAAGAUUUAUUAUAUGAUUGCUACCGCAACGACUGGGACUUUGAAAAGGACGAGGUUGAAGAUCAUGAAUUGGCACCCCACAAACGCCGUCGCAUCGGGUAUUCUGAGAGCGCCUCGGUACAGAGAACAAAGAAAAAGAAGACUUCACACUACGUGGCAUUAAAGAAAAUAUAUGUGACGAGCAGCCCUGCGCGGAUACAAAAUGAGCUCGAACUGCUUCUAGACUUGCGAGGUUACCGAUCAGUGUGCCCUAUCAUCACGGCUUUUCGGCAUCAGGAUCAGGUUGUGGCUGUUCUACCAUACUUUCCCCAUGCGGACUUUCGGACGCUGUACCGUACGUUCCUCGUAGAAGAUAUGAGAUGGUAUCUCCGGUCCCUUCUCACAGCACUUUACUUUGUUCACCGAGAAGAGAUAAUCCAUCGGGAUAUCAAGCCUACCAACUUUUUAUAUAACCCAAUUCAUCGGCGUGGGGUUCUUGUGGAUUUUGGACUUGCGGAACGUGAAUAUAGUGGCGCGGAGAUAUGCACGUGCUCGGAUGCAAACGCUUUGAAACGACUUUCACGAAAGCCCUAUUUCAUGAAACCGCAAACCAUGUCAGCGGGUUAUCCUAAAAAUGACUCGAGACCGUCCCGUCGGGCAAAUAGGGCUGGAACUCGCGGGUUUCGGGCUCCGGAAGUGCUGUUAAAAUGCCCGUCACAGUCGAUUAAAAUUGACAUCUGGUCUGUUGGCGUAAUAUUACUCACUCUCUUGGGACGACGGUUCCCUUUUUUUCAUUCCGUCGAUGAUGUGGACGCUAUGAUCGAGCUGGCCAGUAUAUUCGGUACUCGCAGAAUGAGGGCUUGUGCGGCACUCCAUGGACAAGUGUUUGAAACCACGAUCCCUACGAUUGGAGAAAAGGGGUUUUCCUGGGAAAAAAUUGUGCAAUGGUCUAACUGUGUUGAAUCUCAUACGGAGCGUGAAAAACAGGGAAUAAAACUCUUGUCCCGUCUGCUAGAGCUGGAUCCAAACAAAAGACCUGACGCAGGGGAAGCGUUGGGCGACGACUUUUUCCUCCACCCCGAGGGCGAAGACUUACCUUGGGAAGAUGAUGUGGUGGACCAAAAGGGUGACGGAACGGCGAGUGCGGAUGGAAGAGAAGAGGAAAACGACAGGGCAGCAGGCGACGGCCUAGAUGAAGUUCAGUUUAUCUAA